AUGGGUGUGCUCUCUGUAACUUUUUACAUCUUCUUCACACGCUUCAGGAGCCCUGGUGGUGUGGACUCAGUGGUCGCUGAGGACGUGGCCGUGGUCUUUAGCCAGGAGGAGUGGACUUUGCUGGAGCCAGCUCAAAGGAAACUCUACAAGGACGUGAUGCUGGAGACCCUCAGAAACCUGGCCUCAGUUGGUAAGACCGGCAUCAUUUCACUCUCUGGGAACCUUCGUGAUGAAGACCUGCCGUCCAGUGAGCGUGUAAUUCUGAGACUCCGGGAGACCAGCCCCUGGCCCUCCAUAGUAGGAGACAGUGUCCCGUCACUUGGCAGUAAGGAUGAGCGUGAAAACCAGAGAGGUUUGAGUGCUGCCACCAAUGUCUUCUCCGUCUAUCCCAGUGCUGCCACCAAUGUCUUCUCCGUCUAUCCCAAUGCUGCCAGCGGGCCCAGUGAGAGGAAGGAAGGCCUAGAAUGCUGUAAAGCAUAUGCUUGUCCUUCAUCUUUAACUGCACAUGGAAGGACUCACAAUGGAGAGAGGCCCCACGAAUGUGAGGAGUGUGGGAAAGUCUUCAGAGACGGCUCAGCUCUUGUGAGGCACGUAAGGACUCACACUGGAGAGAAGCCCUAUGAAUGUGCGGAGUGUGGGAAAGCCUUCAGAGACCGCUCAGGCCUCACCAAACACACAAGAACUCACAGUGGCGAGCGGCCCUACAAAUGUGAGGACUGUGGGAAAGCCUUUGGUUGUUCCUCAGGCCUCACCACCCACAGAAGGACGCACAGUGGGGAGAAGCCCUAUGCGUGUAAAGAAUGUGGGAAAGCCUUCAGCGACUCCUCCGUCCUCAUCGCACACAGAAGAACGCACAGUGGAGAGAGACCGUUUGAGUGUAAGCAGUGUGGGAAAACGUUCAGGCACCUCUCAGCGCUCUGUGCACAUGUGAAAACUCACAGUGGAGAGAGGCCUUACCCGUGUACGCAGUGUGGGAAAGCCUUCAGCUGUUCCUCGGUCCUCACCACACACAUACGGACACACACUGGAGAGAAGCCCUAUGAGUGUAAGCAGUGUGGGAAGGCAUUUAGGGACUACUCAGCCCUCACCAAGCACCUGCGGACACACACAGGGCAGAGACCCUACGCCUGCAAGCAGUGUGGGAAGGCCUUCAGCGACUGCUCGACGCUCACCAGGCAUAAGAGGACGCACACUGGGGAGAAGCCCUACGAAUGUCGGCAGUGCGGGAAGGCUUUCGGAGACUGCUCAACCCUCACCAAACACCUCAGAACUCACAGUGGAGAGCGGCCCUACAAAUGCAAGGACUGUGGGAAAGCCUUCACUUGUUCCUCAGCCCUCACCACACAUGCAAGAACCCACAGUGGAGAGAAGCCCUAUGUGUGUAAGGAAUGUGGGAAAGCCUUUAGUGCGUCCUCAAUCCUCACUGCACAUAAAAGAACUCACAGCGGAGAGAGACCAUAUGAGUGCAGGCAGUGUGGGAAAACUUUUCGAGAUUGCUCAGCUCUCACUAGGCAUACAAAGACACAUGCUGGAGAGGAGCCAGGCCAAUUUCAGCGACCUGGGGGAAGCCUCGUAUAG